AUGCGUUGGUCUCACCUGGCCAACGGCCUACUGGUGGCCCUGGCCUGGAGUAGCAAUGCAGUCACAGCCCACCCGACCAAUUCCACAUCGCACCCCUUAGAAAAGCGUCUUUCUCCGAUGAAUAUUGAGUGUGCUCAAUCUCCUGCGGAAUUUGUGUGGCACCACUUGAAAGAAGUGGAGGAAAUACUGGACGUGGUAAUCCAAAGGACUCAGGAUCUUUACAGCUUCCUUAACGGCCAGCCGACGAUCGAGUUCUUGAACAAGGACGAAAAUGAGGUCUUGCUAUCAACAUUCAAUACAUUUACGUCUAUCUACGGCAAAUUCUUCUGGGGCUCGGAGGAUAGCAAAAGCAAGGACGGCAAAGACCGUGUCAAGAAGGUCCUCGAGAAUUUCAGUGCCAUGAAAAGCCGGGCCUCCACCGGCAGCUACAUCUCCAACGUCGAGAUCCGCUGCGACGACACCUGGCUCAGUGAUGUUGAUCAAAAUGGUCAAUCAUCUACUAACCCUCUUUGGUACUUUGAUAGCAGGCAUCCUGAUCAAGCGCCACCAGGGCCUGACAAAGGCUGGAUUGACUUUAAUGAGGUAAAGGGGGCAUGUCGUGAUGCUGGUCAUAAACAUUAUGCCUGGGUCAAUGAUAAAAUCCACGGGACCGAUGAGAGUGUCCUGUCACUCUGUCAGGAUUUUAUGGACCAUUGGCUUCAAGUCUAUUAUGCCGGUAACAAACUGCCCACCCUUCGCCAACAGGAAUAUUCUCCUCUGCAGUAUAAGCUCGAUGAUUUCAGCGGGCCAUUUCUCAGCACGGCCCUAAUUCAUGAGUUGACCCAUGUGUCUCAGAUCUUUGGCAGUCCUCCAACCAAGGACCAACCAUGUGUCAAGGAUGGAAAGACUGUGGGCGGAUAUGGAUGGUUUUGCAUUACCCAGAUUGCAUCGUCGUCCACGGAAAGGGCUUUGCUUAAUGCAGAUUCAUAUGCCUACUAUGCAGUGGCUAUGUACUUUAACAAGAACGACUGGUCCACCGGAAAUUCCGAAGCACUUACAACAUUACAGCACCGCUACAUUGCACUCAAGAUCUAUAUCACCAGUUCUAAGGAAAAUCAAGAGGUGCGCGUACAGGAGCACCUUUCACGAAUCAAAUCAGAUCAUCCCGGAAGCAGUCUCGUCCGCAAAAUGAUCGACAAGUUCGAGCUUACAGGGCCCAGCGGUACACAUCAAUGUGUUGUCCACGAGCCGCUAUUGACCAGUCUGUUGCACUUUCAAGCAACCCUGGAUCCCUCCAGUCUUCCGGAGGAUUUACUCAAGGGAGCACUGCAGCAGUUAUUACUGGCCCUUGUUUAUUUGCACUCCGAAGCGCAUGUAGUACAUACUGACAUACAAGCCAAGAACAUUAUCAUCAGCGCAAAGGAUGAUUCGGUCUUUCGUGAAUGGGACGACAACCAGGCAAAAGACUCAACCCCACGGAAAGUUAACGAUGACUACACUCUCUACCUAUCACGCCCGUUUGAUCGUAAGAAGGGAUGGAGCGGCUUCGGGGUGCCACUAAUAUCGGACUUCGGAGAAGCUCGUCUAAGGGAGGUCCACGAGGGACUAAUUCAACCGGAUAUUUACCGUGCGCCUGAGAUCUGGGACCUCAUUGAGGACCACCAUUUAUUCGACGGUAGAGGGCCGGAUGGUAGGCAUUCGGAUACGCAUCUUCUUGUAGAGAUGGUAGCAAUGCUUGGUUCUCCAUCCUCUGAAUCUCUACGCAAGUCUCCCCAUAGCUCCAAAUAUUGGGAUCCCUCAGGCCAAUGGACAUCUUCUAUAGAAAUUCCAGAAAACUCAUUAGAAUACUCGGAAGAGUAUCUGGAGGGUGAGAACAAGGAAAUAUUUCUGCAGUUUGUUAGAAAAAUGCUGCAAUGGGAUCCAGAGGAGAGGCAGAGCGCUCGUGAACUACUGACAGGUCCGUGGUUAACAUCCCAGUAG